UUGAACACCCUUGUCCAUCGCUUCUCACCCAAUUCUCUCGUUCACCUGUAUUUCAUCAUUAGUCAACGGUCGCCAUGGUGUCCACGCGCCAUCAUCCAAAGGACUUUCCCUCGUCAACUUCAGUCAGCCCGUCCAAGUCAGAAAAGGAUCAGCGCAGGUCUGUUGGUACUGGGAAAUGGCGACAUACUCCAUCCGCAAUUGUGACACUCUGGUUGUCUAUAUCUGUUCCACUUGUUCUCUGGGAUGCUGGCUAUAUUCUGCUUCGACCACAUAGCAUGCCUGGCGGGCGCCUGCACUACAUUUGGAGUCCGUAUGCGCUCUAUGGCGCCAUCGACCAUGUCUAUGGCUGGCCUGCAUGGAACGACCGAGACGGGUUCCCAAGUGCCCAGAGCCUCAUGAACCUAGUUGAAACUGCGUGCUACAUUUUUUACCUAUUUGUGCUGUUUCAAUAUGGGACAUUCGACCAUGGGGGCGGUCGUAAAAGCAAGACAGCGAAGAAGAGCUAUUUCUUGGACUUGCGGAAAUCAGUUAGCGGAAGGCUAGGAGCAAUUGCGCUGCUGGUGGUUUUCAGUGCUAGUGUAAUGACAACCAGUAAAACGAUAUUAUAUGCCCUUAAUGAAGUCUGCUCUGGAUUCGACCACAUAGGGCAUAACAGCUUCUGGACUUUGAUCUUCCUAUGGAUAAUCCCAAAUGGGCUUUGGAUUGUGGCUCCUGGGUACGCCUCCUUUUAUUUUGGCAGUGAAAUCCUAGAUGCCAUAGCGCCUAGCGACGGUCUCUCCGACACCAACGAGGAUUUGAAGUUAAAAUAACCCUAAUAAUAUCGACUCUGCUCCGCUUUCCCCGAAUGGGGAUCUAAUACUGGCUCUCGCGUGCAUCAAAAGUCUUAACUAAUUCUUCCCCACACCCCACCCAACCAUCCUGCUCAUCGCUAGCUAAUUGCACGUUGCCAUUCUUUUGUCUCAUCCGUUUGCAGCAAUACAAUAAGCCCGAGAAUUUUCUUUGAACUGGAGUUCAAAAAAUUGGUUUGUUCCCAAAAUUUUUGCUGCUGGUAUUUGAGCGUUAUCGACGGAGUAAUCAGAACGGAAUAACAAACAAAGGUUAUUUUCAUACUGAUACCAGGGUUGGAUAGUUUUUGAUACAUGAAAAUUUUGAUAUCAUAACCUAGUAUCUUAGCACUGGCAUGAAAAAUUGAUACUUCCCCGUCCCUCACGCCAACACUUAUGGCCAUUAUUUGGUGUUUUAGAGCUAACGGCAUAUAUCAAUUUUGAUUUGAAUGGUUCUUGUG